AUGUUGCACGACUUGGAAGAAGCGACGACUUGGCUGCGUAUGGAAAAGGCAAUGAAGAACUGGGAUGACUGGCUGUUGGAUCAUCCAUUGAAGCUCGUGGAAAAGGAGGACGAUGGAAUAAUGGCCCAUGAUGUGGACGAUCUGUCAGCGAUCUUUAAAGGUCUUGUGGAUGGAGUGGACCUCUUACUGCCCUGUGACGACCUGGAAGAGGACAUUGCUAGUGGUGACGCGAGUGUGGCUUGGAUUGAUAGUCUAAACGAGGAUGUGGUGAACAUAAGCGACCUUUCGGCUGCGUUCGACACGUUGGUGCAGGAGCAACAGAAUAUGGCGGAGGUUUUGGAGGAAUGUGAGGAUGAGGAAAUGGAGGAGGAUGAUAGCGACGACGAGAGAAUGUUUGACGUCAAAAUCGUCCCUUCUGCUCCGGUGGGCGUGACCAUGGCCCCGUUGGACCCUCGUUCUUGUAUCCGCACGCCUGUGUUCCAGAACCUGGAUUCACGAAUACCACGCAUCCAAAUACCUCGGAUAGACUUGUCUUUUUCGGUCAAUAGUGUUACUCUGAAGGAUGCUGGUGUCCCUGACGCUGGUCGAUUGGAGCAAUCGAUGUCGCCGAAGAGCGAGAAGGCCAAGGUUGCCAAGUACCACCACGAUCCCAAGACGUGCUGGAUCUGCAAGAGCUCGAAGACUUUGGAGAAAAAGCGCGCGCUGCAUCGAUUUCACGAAAAACGGACGCGCCGUAAUUGGAAACGGGGUCCGCGGUACACUGGCCGCAGCAAUGUGGCGACGUCUCGUGUGCGCAACGGCGGCCGAUUCAUUUGCACAUCACAGUGGAUCUGA